AUGUUGGAAGCUGGGGCUUAUCCGACAAAUAGAACUUUAGGGAUCUUUUUAAAUGCUUGUUCUUCAUUGUGUGAUAUUAAAUUGGGGAAGCAAGUUCAUGGUUAUAUUGUCAAAUAUGGAGUCGAAUUCGAUACCAGUAUUGGGAAUGCCCUUUGUAGCUUAUACUCCAAAUGUGGUAGUUUGGAUUCUGCGGUUAAAGCGUUUUGGAGAAUUGGGGACAAGAACGUGAUUUCGUGGACAACAGCUAUAUCUGCUUGUGGUGAUAAUGCUGAUUCUGCUAUGGGUUUUACUUUGUUUGUUGAGAUGCUAUGUAUGGGAGUCCAGCCAAAUGAGUUUACAUUGACAAAUAUAUUGAGUUUAUGUUGUGUGAUGCAGGCUUUGGGCGUAGGAUCACAGGUACACUCAUUGAGCAUUAAAGUUGGGUAUGGAUCGAACUUACCUGUAAUAAAUUCUGUUAUGUAUUUGUACUUGAAAUGUGGAUGGAUUAGUGAGGCAAAGAAGCUGUUUGAUGGAAUGGAAACAACAAGCUUGGUAACAUGGAAUGCUAUGAUUGCAGGCCAUGCCCAGAUGAUGGAUUUUGCAGAGGAUGGUCUUUCAGCACACCAUAGUGGAAUUGAGGCACUUAACAUUUUCUUGAGAUUGAAUCGGUCAGGCAUGAAACCUGAUCUCUUUACCUUCUCGAGUGUACUAACUGUAUGUAGUAGUCUGGUGGCCUUGGAUCAAGGUGAACAAGUUCAUGCUAUCACUAUUAAGAAUGGGUUUUUGUCUGAUGUGGUUGUGGGAACUGCUCUAGUUAACAUGUAUAAUAAAUGUGGAAGCAUUGGGGCAGCCAGUAAAGCUUUUGUGGAGAUGUCUACAAGGACUUUGAUAUCUUGGACUUCCAUGAUUAUGGCUUUUGCACAACAUGGCCGCUCUCAACAAGCAUUGCAGCUUUUUGAGGAUAUGAGAUUAGCAGGCGUUAGACCGAAUAGGAUCACCUUUGUGGGCGUUCUUUCAGCUUGUAGCCAUGCCGGAAUGGUUGAUAGUGCAAUGGCUUAUUUUGAGAUGAUGAAAAGGGACUACAGAAUCAAACCCAUGAUCGACCAUUAUGCAUGUCUGAUUGAUAUGCUUGCAAGGAUAGGCAGGUUAGAUGAAGCUUUUGAUUAUAUUAAGAAGUUGAAACUUGAGCCCAAUGCGUUUAUAUGGUCAUCCUUCAUUGCAGGUUGUCGGAGUCAUGGGAAUUCAGAGUUAGGGUUGUAUGCUGCUGAACAGUUGCUCAGCCUUAAUCCAAAAGAUUAUGAGACUUAUAUAUUGUUGUUAAACAUGUACCACUCGGCAGGGAGAUGGCAAGAUUUUUCACGGGUUAGAAAAACGAUGACAGAGAAAAAACUCAAAAAAUUAAAGGAUUGGAGCUGGAUUAGCAUUAGAGACAAGGUUUAUUCAUUUAAGCGUGAUGAACGGUUGCAUCAACAAUGCAAAGGGGUGGACAAAUUAUUGGGGGAUUUGCUUGAGAAAGCAAGGAGUCUUGGAUAUGAACCACAAGGAAGUUCAGAGAUAACGGAUGAGGAGAAUGUAGAAAUAACUUUAUCUACUAUUCAUCAUAGUGAAAAAUUGGCUCUUGCGUUUGGGCUGUUGAACACUCCAAAUGCUGGCCCUAUACGGAUUAUUAAGAGUAUUAGCACGUGUAGAGAUUGCCAUAAUUUUAUGAAAUUCAUCUCUGUAUGUAUUGAAAGGGAAAUCAUCAUUCGAGAUAGCAAGUGCCUGCACAGAUUUGUCAAUGGUCAAUGUUCAUGCAGGGAUUUUGGCAAUCUUCUUUGA